UCGUGCAUAACUCAUCAACUCUUUCUCUUUCUCUCUCUCACAUUUCUUUUAUGAUCAUGGAGUUGGAAAGCAUGCUCAAGUUUCUUGAGAACAAGACUAUUUUAGUCACUGGUGCUACUGGCUUUCUAGCAAAAGCUUUUGUGGAGAAAAUACUGCGAGUGCAACCAAAUGUCAAAAGGCUUUAUCUUCUCAUAAGAGCUUCAGAUCUUGCAUCUGCCACACAACGCUUGCAUGAUGAGAUCAUUGAAAAGGAAUUAUUUAGGGUUGUCAGGGAGAAGUGGGGUGCAGAUCUAGAUUCCUUUAUAUCUGAGAAGGUUAUGGCAAUCUCCGGCGAUGUCUCAUAUGAGAAUUUGGGAAUCAAAGAUUCUAAACUAAGAAACGAUAUGUGGAAAGAAAUAGACAUCAUCUUAAAUUCUGCCGCUACCACAACGUUUGAUGAAAGAUACGACGUCGCAUUGGGCAUCAAUACAUUUGGCGCUGUGCAUGUUUCGAGCUUCGCCAGGAAUUGUAUCAACUUAAAAGUUCUCCUCCAUGUGUCAACCGCCUAUGUGUGCGGCGAAAAGAAGGGGCAAAUACUAGAGAGCCCAUUUGAGAUGGAAGAAACGCUCAAUGGAAGCUCAAAAUUAGAUAUUAAAGCAGAGAAACACCUUGUGGAUGCGUACCUAAACGAACUACGAGGAGAAGGCGCCACUGAAAGAACCAUCACAUCCACCAUGAGGGAUCUUGGAAUGAAAAGGGCGAAACUAUAUGGAUGGCCAAACACUUAUGUCUACACGAAGGCAAUGGGAGAGAUGCUUUUAGGACGGUUUAGAGAGAACCUGCCCCUUGUUAUCAUACGGCCCACCAUGGUAUCCAGCACUUAUAAAGAGCCAUUUUCUGGUUGGAUUGAAGGCGUGAGAACCAUUGACGGCGUAGUUGCUGCCUACGGUAAAGGGAAAUUGAAAAGCUUUCUUGGCCAUCAUGAGACAAUCUUAGAUAUAAUACCAGUAGACAUGGUGGUAAAUUGUAUGAUUGUGGCCAUGGUGGCUCGUGCAAAUCAAUCUUCUCAUAUCAUCCUCCAUGUGGGGUCUUCCUGGAGAAAUCCAAUAAAAUUUUCAACUUUUAGAAAUAUCAUUUUCCGGUACUUCACUGAAAAUCCGUUGGUUAGUAAAAAUGGAGAAUCAAUCAAAGUCGACAAGGGGAUAGUGUUGAGCAGUAUGGCUAUUUUUCGUGCAUACAUGGCUAUUCGAUAUGUACUUCCACUCAAGGUACUUCGAAUAGCGAAUGCAGUUAUUUCCCAGUAUUAUAAGGAUUCGAUUAUUGAUCUUGAGCGAAAGAUAAAUUCAGGGAUGCGAUUGGCUGAACUUUACAAACCAUAUGUGUUCUUUAUGGGCAGAUUUGAUGACUCCAACACAGAAAAGCUACAAAUGGCGACAAGUGAGAGUGGUGGCGAUUCACAUUUGUUUGGCUUUGAUCCAAAGUGCAUUGAUUGGGAAGACUACAUUAUGAAUACUCAUAUUCCUGGCCUAAAAAAGUAUGCAUUGAAAAUAUAACUUGGAGGAUUUUAUGUUUUCACUAGGCAUGAUGUACUGGGCUUUUUAAGAAUUUUCUUUUAUUAAUAUGGCGCGCAUGCAGUAUCCUCGUAUAUCUGCCUUUCUGUUUAGAAACUUCC